ACAGGACCAUGGACGAGUCCGGGACAUAUCGAGACCCUCGCUUUUGUCAAUACAAAACAACCACAUAAACACAUCGGUCUACCGGACAUAGAAUUUAUGUUUACUGGUAUUCAACCAAUAAAUCAUUUAAUGAGGAAUUUUGAAGAUGAUGCAUCCCUACGGAUUAAAUAUAGUGACUGCUAUGGCUGGUACGCGGUGCCAAUAUUGUUGAAACCAAAAAGUCGUGGUAGAAUAUCGUUGUUGGCUAAUGACGUCAACGUUAAACCAGAGAUCGUACCAAACUAUUUCCAUGAUCCAAAUGACGUCAAGACGAUGAUCGCCGGUAUUAAAACUGCGUUAAAAAUUGGUCAAACAAACACAAUGCAGGCGUUCGGUUCUCAGUUGGUAAACAUUACUUACAUGGAAUGCAAAAAUUACAAGUAUGAUUCUGAUGCUUAUUGGGAAUGCAUGAUAAGAAUACGAUCUUCCACACUAUUUCACCCUUGCGGCACUUGUAAAAUGGGACCCCGUGGUGACCCAACUGCUG